GGCUUGCUCCCGACGACAACGACGGCGACGACGACGACGAGGAUCCCGUCCAAGUCACUGCAACUGCCGGCACAUACCAAUAACCCCACUGUUCCAUACCCCGUCAGUCCGUCCCUCCGCAUAGAAUGACCGGCACAAAGAAAGGUGCACGGCGCCGCAAACGAGCAGCCGCAGCUCGCCCAAAGCGCUCCAACACCCACACCCGGCGCGACGAUGACGACGACACCCUCUACAACGACACACCCACAACCGAGCAACACAGGCGAGGAAAUGGUUGGACGAAGGCAACAGGGGUGGUUGGGGAGGAGAGCGCUGGGGGGCGAAACUCAUUACGGUUGAACCCGGCACAGAAGGCCCGAGAAAUCACCGCGGCAUUACGGACGGGCGAUCUAACAACUCUCCGCCAACUAGCCCUUUCCCAAGGCGGAUUUCUGAACGAUCGCUUACGGCGGAAGGCAUGGCCGGCGCUACUCACCGCCGUCGGUGGGACGAAUAGCGACACACCAUCACAAUCCCCACCGCGCGACGCCCCCCAAGUCGCCCUAGACGUCAUCCGCUCCCUCACCCAUCUCAUCCCCCCUCACUUCUCAACCACCCACCAAAUCCAGAUGCGCGCGCAUCUCUCCCACACCAUCCUCUCCGUCCUCGCGCAGUACCCCUACCUGCACUAUUACCAAGGCUACCACGACAUUGCGUCCACGAUCCUGCUCACCCUCGGGCCAACACCCAAAACGAUCCGCUGCCUCGAAACAAUCUCACUCUUCCAUUUGCGCGAUUUCAUGGCGCCCACAUUACAGCCCGCCUUGCAGUAUCUCUCCCUCCUCCUCCCGCUCCUGCGUCGAUCCGCGCCGGACGUCCACGCGUUCUUGGCACAGGAUGUGGCCGGCUUCACUCCCUGGUUCUGUCUCUCCUGGGUCCUCACCUGGUUCACCCACGACCUCGCAGACUCCUCACAUACCAUCGCACCGCGCCUCCUCGACUUCUUCCUCGCCUCCAACCCGCUCAUGCCGCUCUAUCUCGUCGCGGCAACCGUCAUCUCCCGCCGCGCGGACCUGUUUGCUCUUCCUGAUCCCGAUUACGCGAUCGUGCAUCAUUUCUUGUCUAGUUGCGCGCGCUUCAGCAACCUAGACCAUGUCGAAGACCUGAUUCACGCGGCGGGAGAGAUGUACGCGCGCUUCCCGCCCCCGACGCUGCAGGGGGAUGUCGCUGCGUUACGGUUACCCCCGACGUCGUGUGUGGAGCGCUGGGAUGUCGAUGUACUUCCCUUUUGGGAGUCCACAACAACAGCAACGAAACGCAAACCCCGCCACCUAACCCCCGCCGAAUGCAUGGCCCAGCUAAUAGCCUACACCACCGCUCAACAGCAUAAUCUUUCCACCCAAGCGAGCAGUAAACACACGUUGGGGAAGGUCUUGCGACAUGUGACACUUGAUGGCGCGCGGCAGAUGGCGAUUGUGGCGGCGAUGGCGGGAGCGACGGCUGUGUGCUGGUGGGUGGUAGAGAAUGGAGGGGUGGGGUAUGCCGUCGGGUGAAAUGGGACUCGGAGGAUGUCGAGAGCACUAGGAUGGGGUAGACAGGUGGUGUUGAUGCUUCCAUUCGGCUCGAACAGCGUUUAUGCACUUUCAACGCCUUCCCUCCUUUCGGCCGGCGUCAACCCCCACGCGAUUCAUGCUCCAAUCACACCUUAUCGCGGUGCAUUGAAACCAAAA